GAGAUUUCCUGACCUGCUUCACUUCUUUAUAUAUCAAAUCCUUUUUGUCUUGUGGCUUUUUCAAACUUUUGCUGUCUUCGACCACUCACUAAUUCUCUCUUUAUACACGGAGAAUCAUGGGAAACUUUGCUGCAAAUGAAGGACUUUCUAUUUUUGUUAUUUUGGUAUGGCUCGGCAUCAAUGCGUUUCUCUUUGUGCAUUUUUAUAUGGCAUUUUUGGUUGACAGAUAUUACUACACUAGAGUCAUCCUUGGGCAUGCUCUCUCGUGGGCCAGAGCUCCAGCUGCAUGUCUGAACUUUAACUGCCUGCUGAUCCUGCUACCUGUCUGCAGAAAUCUGCUCUCAUUCCUACGAGGAUCCAUACAGUGCUGUAGCCGAACUGCGGCUCGCCAGCUAGACAGAAACAUCACUUUUCAUAAACUCGUGGCCUACAUGAUUGCUUUUCAUACAGCGGUCCACAUCAUAGCUCACCUGUUUAACUUCGAGCGAUUCAUGGAUUCCCAGCUCAUGAUCAACGACAGCUAUCUGCCUUACGUUUUAUCUCAGAUUGGGAACAAUGACAACAGAUCUUACCUGAACCCCAUCAGAUCCAAUGAGACUAACCCAACAAUCGUUAUGUUUACAACCGCAGCAGGACUAACAGGGGUGGUCAUCACCUUGGCCCUCAUCCUCAUCAUCACUUCAUCUAUGGAGGUCAUCAGAAGGUCUUACUUUGAGGUGUUCUGGUUCACCCACCACCUGUUCAUUGUCUUUUUCAUUGGUUUGGUACUGCAUGGAAUUGGACGUAUUGUGCGAGGUCAGACUCUUGAGAGUAUGAAAGUUCAUGACCCGAUCGAAUGUAACAGCUACUUUGAGACCUGGGGUAAAAAUGGCACCCACUGCCCCCAACCAGAGUUUGCUGGAAACCCUCCAAUGACGUGGAAGUGGGUGGUCGGCCCCAUGUUUCUGUACGUUUGCGAGAGACUGGUGCGGUUUUACCGCUCGCAGCAGAAGGUGGUUAUUACUAAGGUAGUGAUGCACCCUUCAAAGACCCUUGAGCUGCAGAUGAAAAAGAAAGGCUUCAAAAUGGAGGUUGGUCAGUAUAUCUUCAUGCAGUGCCCAAAUAUCUCUCAUUUAGAGUGGCACCCCUUCACCCUGACCUCUGCCCCUGAGGAAGACCACUUCAGUGUGCACAUCCGAAUCGUAGGGGAUUGGACGCAAGCCCUCUACACGGCCUGUGGAGGAGACAAAAGUACGGUGUUGGAUGCCUGGACUUUACCAAAGAUGGCUGUGGAUGGUCCGUUCGGGACGGCCAGUGAAGAUGUAUUUCGUUAUGAGGUUGUAAUGCUGGUUGGUGCUGGGAUUGGAGUGACGCCCUUCGCUUCCGUUCUGAAGUCUGUUUGGUACAAGCACGUGCAAGAGAACCAAAACGUCUUCACAAAAAAGAUCUAUUUCUAUUGGCUUUGUCCAGAGACACAAGCGUUUGAGUGGUUUACAGACCUGCUGCAAAGUUUGGAAAGACAAAUGACAGAGAAAAACAUGAGCGAUUUCCUCAGUUGCAAUAUUUAUCUAACACGCUGGAAAGAAAAUGAGGCUGCCCAUCUCAGAGUUCAAUAUGAGGCUGAAGAUGACCCCAUUACCGGUCUUAAGGAGAAGACUCGGUACGGUAAACCCAACUGGGACAAUGAAUUUAGCACCAUUGCAACCCAACAUCCAGGUUCAAAAGUAGGAGUGUUUCUCUGUGGUCCAGCUGCUUUGGGUAAGGCUCUGGGAAAGCAAUGCCAUGAACACACCGAAUCUGGAACCAAGUUUAUUUUCAACAAAGAAAACUUCUGAUCUGCUUCAGUAAUAAUCAGAAGCCAUGCACGAAUUAUGGAUGUUUUCAUUUCUUUGACCUGGUUGUGUGCAUAAUGCAAAAACAAAAGUAACUGAUUUACAUUUACUUCUCAGAUGUAAUUUUUCAGUUAAGAUGUGAAAGUACCCUGGUUUCCAAACCUUCUUCCUCUUUCUCAAUUAUAAACUGAAUAAACCUUUUGAAAUAC